AUGAUGAGGAUGAGGACGUUGAGUGGUUGUGGUUGUGGUUGUGGUUGUGGUGGUGGUCGUGUUUUUGUUGUGUUGGUGGCCUUGGUGGCGGGUGUGUCGGUUGUUGGCGGGGUUGUUGCGAGUGAGGGGAACGCAGAUGACAGAAAAGGUCCUUCCGGGCCAGCUCCAGCUCCACCAGCAUGGAUGGAUGUGUUGGCACCGCCGUACCCGCGUGGUGAAUUCGGGUGGAACAUGACGCUUCAAACGUUUCGCGAACAAUGGGUGCGGCGAACAGCAGCACUGCGUGAGCGGCGAAACGAAGGGGACGGUGGCACCGCUGGCGAACGCAUGUAUGAAGUGUUCCACCCCAGCACCACGCCACCAUCUCGUGAUGAUGAUGCGUUGCCGUGGGUGAGCGUGCGCCGACUGGCACGCGCAGGUGUUGGGGUGCAGGUGGCCGUGGCCACCGACCCACUCCGCACGCUGUCCAUCUAUGAGCCGGGAGACCGGGGCACCUGCAACUCGCCCGCAGACAACAGGACACUCGUGAGCGAGUCCGCUGCACGGUAUGGGUGCACAUACGCUGCGAACGCUGGCUUCUUCAACACGCAUACAGGCGCGUGCUAUGGCGACAUUGUGAGCGAUGGGCGGCUGGUUGCUCGGCCCGGGCGCCGCAACGCCCACUUUGGGAUCCGGCAGGACGGCAGCAUCGUGGUCGGGUAUCUCGAUGACAUCCACGCCGUCAUCAACGACAAUGGGGCUGCGGACGGCAACAGCACAUAUGCCAGUGACACCAGCAAUGAUGAUGGUGGUGGUGGUGGUGGUGGUGGUGGUGAUAGUGCGGCUGAUGAGAUGAAUGAUGAUGAGGGUGGUGCUGGUGAUGCACCAACACCGUCUCCCGCUCCAUUUGUGCAGCUCAUCUCUGGGGCGCUGUGGCUGGUGCGGAAUGGCAGAAACAACGUGUUUGAAAGCAUCUUGGCCGAGGACAUGAGCAUCCAGGAAACAGGGAGCUGGAGCUAUUUUGCCAGCGUGCAGUCUGCACGGACCGCAAUUGGGCACACCGCCGAUGGCCGUGCUGUUGUUGUGCAGCACGAUGGCAAGACGGGGCAGGCAGGCAUGAGCUUGUACGACUUUGCCGAUCUGCUCAUUGGUCUGGGUCUCGUCAAUGCCAUCAACUUGGAGGGAGGUGUCGACACGUGCACGUAUGACCGAUGCGAUUGCACCGGCAACGAGACGACGUGUGCGCCCGUCUGCUCAAAAUUCACGUGCGAGCGCAGGGUGACGACGAUCGUGUGCAUGCACGCUCCACGCGAGUACGAGGGCGUGGGGUGCGUGUCUGCGGUUGACUGCAGCCCACAUGAGCAGUGCGUGGGCGGGCGAUGCCAGUCGACAUCAACAGCCGUGCUCGGCCUGCCCUGCACCAACAGCGGUCUGGGCGCCCUGCUGUUGGCCCUGGUGUGCAUCCUCGUUGUGUCCGUGGGUGCCAACGUGGCGCUGGUGCUGCGGCGAAGUGGCUACUCCAUCCUCACCUCAUCAUCGUCUUCGGCGGCCACGAAUGGCAAGAUGGACCCGCUCAUGUCUGCGCUCAGCUGGAUUCCUGACGACGAUGAUGACGAUGAUGAUGAUGACGACGAUGAUGGUGGUGGUGGUGUGGGUGGACAUGGGGACGAUGUCAGGCUCUUCUCGCUCAGGGAAGCGAGGUUUUGACGUUGCUUAUGGAUGAUUGGUUGCUCAUACUUGGUUAAGGGCUGCAUUAGCUGCAUUAGACAAUUAGGACUG